GACACUACAGUAGAGAUGGGUGACUCGCAGAACUGGUCGUCGUUCGAGGAGCCCGAGGCGCCCAAGCGUCCGAGCGCCGCGAGUGUGCAGGCGGAUGACGCGCAGAAGGCGGACGACAAGUUCGGCAAGGGCCUGAGCGCGCUGACGGAGCCCGUGGCGGUGCGCAACCUGCGCAACCGCCUCAUCUUCGGCAGUCUCGUGGGCUUCGUCACGGGCGCCACCUUCGGAGGCAUUGACGGAGCCAAGCUGUACAUGAAGCAGCACGGCAAGUUGGCGCCUGCUGCUCUGGGCACCAUCGCGCGUGGAGCUGCCACGACGGGAGGAGCAUUCUCUGGUUUCUUCUUCAUGUAUUGCGGCAUCAAGACGGCGUUGGCGACGCAGCGCGAGGAUGAUCUGGCCAGUGCUGCGGUUUCAACGGUUGCGGCUGGUCUUCCGUUCGUGCGCUCUGCGAUUAUGAAGCAGAAUCUGCCAUACGCGGUGAUGCUGGUGGCGCUUGACCACUUUCACGAGGAACUCAACGAGUACCGUAAAUAA